AUGAGCGGUCCAAUCAAGUUGAAGUUGAAGACAAAUGGAGGAAUGAAUCUACCAUCUGGACCUUCAACACCUACUCCCAAUACACCAACAGUUCUUACUCCUGGCGGAUCCAAACCAAAAUUAAAAUUCAGUAGACCUGCGACAUCACCACCUCUUCCAUCUGCCUCAUCGCAAUCAAAACCUACAAAGGCAGGACGAGCACCUAAACCAACCAAGAAGCUCACAGAGUCGCGCAAGAGAGUUAAAGAAGAGGAUGACAGUGGCGAAGAGACCAUAUCUGUAAUACCACGAAAACCAAACUUUCACGAUGAGCCUGCAAAGAAGAAAGUCAAGAUUAGUCUGAAGCCCAAGACCCCCUCUUUGGCUAGUAUUCCUGGACUUCCAAAAGCGCCUCUUGCGAUAAAGGCCAAAAUUAAGGGCAAACCACCCAAACGACCUCUUGGGGAAGGCUAUGAUUCUGAAGCUAGCGAUACGGAGAAAGAUCCUUCUAUUGAAGAAUCGUUCAUUUUCCGAAUGAUUCCCGGUGACGAUUGUGACUAUCUACGAACCUGUAUUCACGAUAAAAAGAUGGGUAUCAAUCCAAGAAAUGGAGGCGCGAAUGUGCAAAUGAAAUUCUUUCAAGCCGAAGGUAGACGAGCUGCUAUCACUAUUCGUGGAAACGUAUAUGCCGCUACACUUGUCGAUCUACCAUGCAUCAUCGAAGGAAUGAAGAGUUGGGAUAAAAGAGGAUGGUGGAAAAGUGCGGAUAUUUGUCAAAUGCUUUGGAUCUAUCAAAAGGUUGAAAGGGAAGAUGACGCGAAGAUUUCUCCCUUACCUGCUAUCAUCGACCCUCAAACUUUUCAAUAUCCACAUGGUCUUACCGCUCCCAUGCAUUUGGCACGAAAGCGACGUUUCAGAACACGUAUUAGCAGGACUGCGAUCGAAGCCGUGGAGGAAGCCGUUGAAAAACUUCUUGAGGAUGACCGAAAAGCGGUAUCAUCACAAUACAAAGUUAUUUCUCCGGAAAGAGAGCAAAGUAACCAGGUAUUUAGUCCAGGAAGCUAUGGUGAAGAUGGAGAAGACCAAUACUCCGAGGAUGAAGACGCGGAAGGCGAAGCUGACGAUGGUGGAUACUUUGCUCAUAUGAACGGUCAUGAUCAUGCUUCUGGUGAUGAAAUGAAUGGGGAUCUCGAAGCUGAUCUCGCAGCAGAGAUGGAAGCCGAAUUGGAAGCCGGGGCAGGCUUUGAGGACUUUGCUGAUACUCCCAUGUCCAUGUCGGGCAUUGCAGCCACACCUUCUAUGCUUCAAAGUGAAACCCCAGCCGCUAACGAAGAAGAAGACAGUGGUGAUGAGUCAAUUGAAGAUGGAGAAAGUAUAGAUGAAGGAAGCGAACCGGAUGAGAUUUCUGAUGAUGAAAAGGCACGAUUGGCACAACUUCAAGAAGCCAAAGAAGAUAUUGUGGAUUUGGAGAAACAAAUUGAAGGCUUGCAGGCACAAUUAGCAGCCCAGAACAAUCCAAUUCUACGUAGGAGAAUCGAAGAUAAGUCAAGGAAGCUCAAGGCUGAGUUGGAAAUCAAGAAAUCUUCUAUUGGGGAGGCAGAGGAUGAUUAA